UGUACUCUUUCCGAAAAAUGACUGUCCCAUUGUCAACAAAGAAAGUUGUCGUGAUCGGCGCUGGAGCGGCUGGGUUGGUAGCGGCGCGUGAGCUUAUAAAGGAAGGUCAUGAUGUAGUGGUGUUCGACCGUGGUGCUCAGCUGGGUGGUAACUGGGUUUACUCGGACGAGGUUGAGUGUGACCCGCUUGGAUUCGACCCAACUCGGAAAAUCGUUGAUUCAAGCCUCUAUGCUUCUCUCCGCACCAAUACUCCUAGAGAAGCUAUGGGUUUUCGUGAUUUUCCCUUUGUUCCUACCGGCAAAGCCGACAGAGAUUCACGAAGGUUUCCAAGCCAUCAUGAGGUGCGCAAAUAUUUAGAAGAUUUUGCAAGCGAGUUUGGUCUGAAUGAAUUAAUCAGUUAUGAGACAGAGGUGCGAUAUGUUGGGUUAGAGACGGAUGGAAAGUGGAUGGUGAAAUCUACAAGUGUUGGUGGAGAUGAGAGCAGCGAAGUGGCUCAAACUUAUGAUGCUGUGGUAGUCUGUAACGGACAUUUCACUCAACCACAAGUUGCUGAUAACAUUGCUGGGUUUGACCUUUGGCCCGGGAGGCAAAUUCAUAGCCACAACUAUCGGAUACCAGAACCCUACAAAGACCAGGUUGUCGUUGUGAUAGGGCUUUCUUCUAGUGCUGUCGAUAUCUCUAGGGAAAUAGCUUUAUCAGCCAAAGAAGUCCAUGUAACAACUAGAUCUAAGGCAGCAGGAAAAUUGGGCAAAUUUGGAAAACAUCAUAUUUUUGACAACUUGUGGCUCCAUCCUAUGAUAGAAAGAGCCCAUGAAGAUGGUAGAGUGUCGUUUCAAGAUGGGAGCUCGGUCCUUGCAGACGUCAUUCUCCAUUGCACCGGGUAUAAGCAACAUUUCCCUUUUCUUCACACCAAUGGUGUUGUUAAUGUUGAUGAUAAUCGUGUUGGGCCGCUUUACAAGCAUGUGUUUCCUCCUUCAUUAGCCCCUGGGAUAUCCUUCAUUGGUGUGCCAUCAUUGAUUCUCUCGUUCUUCGUUUAUGAACUUCAAAGUAAGUGGGUAGCAGGCGUUUUAUCUGGGCGUAUAUCACUUCCCUCGGAAGAAAAGAUGAUGGAGGAUGUUGAAGCCUUCUAUUCAAAAUUGGAAGCUAAGGGAGUUCCAAAGCGCUACACUCAUAAGAUCCAUGAUGUUAAGCAACUCUCUUGGUCAUUAGAAUAUGAGGAUUGGCUUGCUGCACAGUGUGGUUGCCCUCUUGCCGAGGAAUGGAGGAAGGCUAUAUUUUUUGGGAGAUUAGUCCAUGCGCAUAAAGAACCAGAGACUUAUCGUGAUGAAUGGGAUGAUCAAGACUUGGUCUUCCAAGCUUAUGAAGAUUUUAUGCAAUACCUGAAUGCUGAAGGCAGGGCUGCACUUGCUGCAUGCGCCUCGACACCAAGAAUUUAAACUCUAUUUCAUUGAUGAAAGAUUUUUUAAUUGGGAGUUUUGUCGUUUGUGUUUGAGAACUUUUCUAGUGAGAAAGUGCUUGGUAUUGUAAGACAAAACGAAGGCCUGUAUAAGCUUCUCAUUUUAGUAAU